AUGAGGGUGUUUGUACUUGCACUGGCCGUGGCCCUUGUGGCGGGCAACCAGAUCAGCUUAGCCCCACAAUUUGCUACUGGAAGGACUUACUUAUACAAAUAUGAAGCUCUUCUUCUGGGUGGCCUGCCUGAGGAAGGUCUGGCACGAGCUGGAGUAAAAAUCCAAAGCAAACUUUUCAUCAGUGCAGUGUCUACAGACACCUUCAUGCUGAAGUUUGUCGACCCUCAGCUCUUGGAGUACAGUGGCAUCUGGCCAAAACUCUCCUUGACCCCAGCCACCAAGCUCACUUCGGCCCUAAAUGCUCAGCUCUUGACACCUGUCAAGUUUGAGUAUGCUAAUGGAGUUGUUGGAAAAGUGUUUGCACCGAAUGGAGUCUCUGAAACUGUGCUGAAUGUUUACAGAGGAAUCCUGAACCUCUUACAGCUAAACAUCAAGAAAACACAGAAUGUCUAUGAGCUGCAAGAGGCUGGAGUUCAAGGAGUAUGCAAGACCCUCUACGUUAUCCAUGAAGACCAGAAGGCUGAACUUGUCCAUUUGACCAAAACCAAAAAUCUGAAUCACUGCCAGGAGAGAAUCCUGAAGGACAUUGGUUUGGCUUACAUGCAGGAAUGUGCUGAGUGUGAAGCUAGAGGACAUGCCAUGAAGGGAGGUGCCGCUUACAACUACAUCAUGAAGCCAGCAGACACAGGUUCUCUGAUCUUGGAGGCAACAAGCACAGAGGUCACUCAGUUCUCACCCUUUAACAUUUUGAAUGGUGCAACACAGAUGGAGGCCAAGCAGAACCUGAGUUUUGUGGAGAUACAGAAAACCCCUGUGCAGCCUAUCAAUGCUGAAUAUGUUAAGCGUGGAUCCCUGCAGUAUCAGUUCGGCACUGAGCUUCUCCAGACACCAAUCCAGCUUCUGAGGAUCUCUAAUGCAGAGGCUCAGGCAGUUGAGACUCUGAACCAGCUGGCAACCAUUAAUGCAGAAAAAGUCAAUGAGCAAGCCCCUCUUAAGUUUAUUGAGCUCAUCCAGAUAUUGCGUGUGGCCAGAUUUGAGAGCAUUGAGACCCUCUGGAAUCAGUUAAAAUCUAAACCUGAUCACAAGCAUUGGAUGCUGAAUGCCCUUCCUGCCAUUGGAAACCAAGCUACUUUGAGGUUUAUCAAAGAAAAGUUUCUUGCCGGUGACCUGAGCGUUCCUGAAGCAGCUCAAGCUCUGUUGGCAUCUGUGCACAUGGUGACAGCUGACUUGGAGACCAUCAACCUUCUUAAGAGCCUAUUUGCCAAUGAAAAGAUUACGCAAAAUUUAAUUCUGCGGGAGAUUGUUAUGCUGGGAUAUGGCACCAUAGUUCAGAAAUACUGUGCUGAGAACCCAACCUGCCCAACUGAGUUUGUGAAGCCUAUCCACGAUCUUAUUAAUCAGGCUAUUGAACACAGAAAGAUGGAGGACAUCACAAUCCUUCUCAAAGUUCUUGGUAACGCAGGUCAUCCUUCAAGUCUGAAGCCAAUAAUGAAGCUGCUGCCCAUCUUCGGCAAUGCUAGAGAUCUGUCACUGCCAGUUCAGAUUGAUGCUGUUUUGGCUCUGAGAAACAUUGCAAAGAAGGCGCAUAAGAUGGUCCGGGACGUGGCUAUUGAGCUCUUCAUGGACAAGGAUCUGCACCCAGAGCUCAGAAUGGUUGCCGCUGCUGUGCUGUUUGAGACAAAGCUGCCAUCGGGUUUGGUGUUCACACUUGUUAAUGCAAUCCAGAAAGAAAGAAAUCUUCAAGUUGCUAGCUUCAUGUAUUCCUACAUGAAGUUCAUGUCGAAGAACACUGCUCCUGACUAUAUAAAUGUAGCUGCUGCUUGUAAUGUUGCUGUGAAAAUGCUGAACCCCAGAUAUGAGCGGUUGAACUAUCGCUACAGCAAAGCCCUGUACUUCAAUGCAUACAGCAACCCUUGGAUGAUGGGAGCUGCUGCCACUGCUUUUUACAUCAACGAUGCUGCAACUCUUUUCCCGAGAGCUGUUGUGGCCAAAGUUCGCACCUACUUUGCUGGAGCAUAUGCUGAUGUUUUUGAGAUUGGAGUGAGAGCUGAGGGAAUUCAGGAGGCUCUUCUGAAAACCUCAAGUCCUGACAAUGCUGACAGAAUUACCAAGAUGAAACAAGUCCUGAAGGCUCUGUCUGAAUGGAGGGCUUCUCCCAAUAGUCCGCCAUUGGGGUCUUUCUAUGUGAAAUUCUUUGGACAGGAAAUUGCAUUUGCCAACAUCAACAAGCCCAUUAUUGAUCAGGUUAUUCAGAUGGGUAUAGGACCCUCAGUUCAUGCAUAUGGAAUGAAGGUUUGGAAUGCUGUCUUGUCUGGCACCCCACUACACUAUGCUAAACCCAUGCUUGUUGGCGAGAUCCGUCGCAUCUUACCCACUGCCGUUGGUCUGCCUAUGGAGCUGAGCUUCUAUUCAGCUGCUGUAGCUGCUGCAGCUAUCCAAGUCCAAGCCACUGUGACUCCAGCUCUACCUGAGGACUUCCAUGCUUCUCAACUUCUUAAAUCUGAUGUCAACAUGAAGGCCACCAUUACUCCAAGUGUUGCCAUGCACACCUACGCAGUUAUGGGAGUGAACACUGCAUUGCUCCAGGCCUCUCUGAUGCUAAGAGCUAAAGUUCACACAAUUGCUCCUGUAAAUAUUGAAGCAAGACUUGACUUGAAUGAGGGCAACUUCAAGCUUGAGCUCUUGCCUGUUCGUGGUCUUGAUAAGAUUGUAUCAGCAAAUGUCGAGACUUUGGCAAUUUCAAGAAAUGUGGAGGAUCUUGCUGCUGCUAAAUUUACACCAAUACUUCCUGCAAGACUUCCAGGACAAAACUCAAGACAGAGCCAUAUGUCUGUGAAUGCUUCUCACAUGUCAGCUUCAGUGAAUGGUGCUGGGUCUUCUUCAUCAGAAAUCCUUGCUGGUGACAACCAAAGCAAAAUUACCCAGAAGGCCCUCAAGCUUUUUGAGAAGAAACAGUGUGCUGCAGCAGAAACCUUUGGAAUCAAGGCGUGUGCUGAAAUGACAUCUCUCAACGCUGCCUCAUUCAGAUAUACGCCACUGUAUGCUAUCAUUGGAAACCAUGCUCUGUCAGUUGAGAUUGGACCAGCUCCUGGACCAGCCCUUGAGAAGAUUGAAGUUGAGGUACAGGUCGGAGGCAAUGCUGCAGAAAACAUUGUGAAAGUGAUCAACCUUAGCGAGGAGAAUCAAAAUGAAAGGGAUGUGAUCACAAAACUCAGAAGAAUACUGUCUCCAGUUUUGAACGGCACCUCUUCCAGCUCCAGUUCUAGCUCUUCCAGUUCUCGCUCCAACAGUUCCUCUGCUGACGUUUCGGGCCAUAGCUCAUCGUCUUCUUCCGAAUCGCACUCAAAGGAAUCACGUUCUGUCACAUCUCACUCCAGCUCUUCCUCUUCAAGUAAAUCUAAGCACAGGUCAAAGCAAUCACUUUAUAAUCAGAAGUUUAUAAAGAAGCACCAGAGCCAGUAUUCAGUCUACAGCAACUCCAGCAGAAGCAGUUCCUGGAGCUAUGAAGCUAUCACUAAGGAGAGGCACCUUGUAGACUCUGUCAAUCCAGCUGUGGUCAUUCUGAUCCGUGCCGUGAGAGCUGAUCAAAAGCCUCAGGGCUACCAGAUUGCUGCUUACCUUGACAAACCCAGACGGAGAGUUCAGAUCAUUGCUGCCACCCUGGCUGAGAAUGAUAAGUGGAGAGUCUGUGCUGAUGGUGUGAUGCUGAGCUACCACAAGCUUAUGGCUAAGGUCGGCUGGGGCGACAUGUGCAACCAGUACGAUGCCAAGAUCAAAGCUGAAACUGGAAUUGUGAAUCAAGACCCUGCAUUCCGCCUGAAACUGAACUGGAACAAGCUUCCAUCAGCCAUGAAGCACUACGCAAAAAUGGUCUCUGAGUACAUUUCAUGUGUCACUAUGGGAACCGGACUGGUCAUGGAUAAAGUAUCCAGAGGUUGUAAAUGUAGGGAAAUCAGUCUGACAGUUGUUGCUCCUUCUGACAGAACGCUGAAUGUUGCACUGAAGACGCCAAAGUGGACUCUUCACAAACAGGGUGUGCCUCUCCCUAUUUCUCUGCCAAUUCAAGAAACCGCUGCAGAGCUGCAAUUGCACAGUGGCAACUGGCGUAACGUGGCUCUACACAUGAUUACCAAAGCAAAUGCAGCUGAGUGUGUCCUGGAUGGUGAAACAGUGACCACAUUCAACAACAAGAAAUUCCAGAACUCUUUCCCCAACAGCUGCAAACAGAUUUUGUCUCAAGAUUCCUCAGAUGAUCACAAAUUUAGGGUUCUGCUUAAGAGAGACAACCAGAACCAUAUCAAUAUCCAACUUGACCGCAUUGAUGUUGACUUGUACCAGAUGAACAACAAGAUUAUGGUGAAGGUUAAUGAACAAGAAGUAACCGACAACCUCCCAUAUCAUCAUCCAUCAAAGGAGAUUCAUAUCAUGAAGAAAGGUGAAGCCAUUUCUCUCCUUGCUAAAGGUCAUGGACUUCAGGAGGUCUUCUAUAAUAUGGACACAGUGAAGGUUCGUGUUGUGGACUGGAUGAGGGGUAAGGUCAGUGGACUCUGUGGAAAAGCCGAUGGGGAAAGCAAAGAGGAAUACCGCAUGCCCAGCGGACGUGUGACCCCAGACCCAACCAUCUUUGCUCACUCCUGGGUUCUCCCUGGAAACAGCUGCCAAGAUCCCUCUGGAUGCUUCUUGAAGCAAGAAUUUGUGAAGCUGGAGAAGCAGAUCUCCAUCCAGGGCCAGCAGCAUAAGUGUUACUCUGUUGAGCCUGUGCUCCGCUGUCUGCCCAAGUGCACACCACAGGAUCCCACUGUCACCGUCACUGCUGGCUUCCACUGCGUGCCUGUUGAUACUACUGUAAAUGAACAGGAUCUGAGCAGCAUGCUUGGGAAGAACGAGGAUGUGAGGGAACAAACAAAAGCCCACGUGGCCUGCCUGUGCAAUCAGUGUGCUUAA